AUGAGCUCCACAGCAGCAGCGACCACCAAAUCAGGCAGAGGCAAGGUCAGAGGCACCAAGUCGGUCUCAAGAUCCCAGAAGGCCGGUCUGCAAUUCCCCGUCGGUCGCGUUGCCCGGUUCCUCAAGGCCGGUCGGUACGCUCAACGAGUCGGCAGUGGCUCCCCGGUCUACCUCUCUGCUGUCCUCGAAUACCUAGCUGCUGAGGUUCUGGAGUUGGCAGGGAAUGCUGCGAGGGACAACAAGAAGAACAGAAUCACUCCGAGACACAUUCAGCUUGCAGUGAGAAAUGACGAGGAGUUUACGAGGCUUUUGGGUUCUGUGACGAUAGCUAAUGGAGGUGUUCUGCCCAAUAUUCAUCAGAAUCUGCUUCCAAAGAAGGGUGGCAAAGCAAAGGGCGAGAUUGGUUCUGCUUCCCAGGAGUUCUAG